UUUUCGCGCAUGCGUGGUCUCGGUGCGAGUCACAGAGGCGCGAUGGCUGCGGACAGUGCCGUGCUGCUGUCUCUGGUGGAGGAAUUUGUCUCUGGACUGCAGGACAGCAAAGCCAACGAUGCGGCAACAUGUGUCAAAGAUGGACAGUUUACGAUACUGGAGCUGGUGGAGGCACUGGGACUGAGCCUCACCAGCUCGCAGCCUCACACCCGGGCCAGAGCGGUCCAGCUUCUCUCUCAAGUGCUACACGAUUGCCACGGGGCUCUCACGGAGAGAGAAGUGGAGGUGCUCCUCGCCUUCUAUGAGAACCGCCUCAAGGACCAUUAUGUCAUCACGCCGCCGGUUCUACAUGGGCUCAGAGCGCUGACCAAAUGCACAGUGUUGCCCCCUGGCUCAGCUGUGUCCAUGCUGAGGUCUUUGUUCCAGGAUGUUCAUGUUCAGUCGUUGAUGCUGGGCGAGAGAGCGUGCGUCUACAACAUGCUCAUCAACCUCAUGGCCACCAGAGAAGCCGAACUCAAGGGUUUGGGCGCAGACUUUGUGUUUGGUUUUGUCCAGUCGAUGGACGGAGAGCGAGACCCUCGCAACCUGCUGCUGGCCUUCCAGAUCGCCAGGACCAUCGUCCUCCGAGGUUAUGAUCUCGGUAAAUUCACAGAGGAGCUGUUCGAAGUGACGUCCUGCUACUUCCCCAUCGACUUCAGCCCCGUAAGUCCCUGUUUACUCUGCUUAGUUUUGUGUGGGUGGAGGGGUUCUUUUCUUGCCACACUGGACAUUUCUCAGGUCGCCGGUGUGUCAAAAUAUGAACAUAAGGACGUGGCGGAGUUCCUCGAGGGACUGUGGGCCUCACUGCGGAGAGAGGUGUUCCAGACAGCGAGCGAGAAGAUCGAGGCGGCUGGCCUCGCCGCUCUCACCGCACUCACUUCCUGCCUGUCUCGCUCAGUCCUCAACUCUGACUCCGAGGACUCCCUCAGCACCUUCCUGCAGCUGGUUCUCACAGACUGCAAACAUCACCUGUGCGAGCCGGACCUGAAGCUGGUGUGGCCCAGCGCCAAGCUGCUGCAGGCCGCCUGCGCCGCCUCCAGCAGGGCGAGCCACACGGUCGCCGACGCCGUGAUGCCCGCCCUCAUCGAGCAGUACAACGGCAGAGCACAGUGCUCCCAGAGACGGACUCUGCUCGAGGUGGUGCAGCGAUUCCUUCAGUCAGUGAAAACCUGCGAGAGCGAAGAGAGCGUGUUUUCAGCCUUCCGUCCCGCUCUGUGCACCGUGGUGUUUUCAGCGCUGACGGAGACUAAUUCCAGCCUGCAGAUCACCGCCGCCUCCGUCCUCACCUCGCUGGCGCGGCACAGCGAUCUGCUGUUGGACUCUGACAUCGAGCUGGCUGUGGAUCACCUGACCCGACUGCUGCUGACAGAGGAGGAUGAGCGAGUGAGUCUCGCUGUGGUCGAGUGCGCCGGAGCCUUAGCGGAGUUGCGCUCGGCGGCUUUCAUCACCAAUCUGAUCCCGAGACUAAAGAAGGAGCUGUUUUCUGAGCCCACGGAUCAAAAAGACAACAGCGAGGCUUCUGAGAAGCUUUCCCAUCAUGCAGUGCGCCAGCGCUGUUUGUCGGCUCUGGCCGCCGUGUCCACUCAACCCGGCGUUGUCCAGGAGAGCGCACCUGUCCUCCUGGAGGUCCUCGGCUCAGCGCACGCGGGUGGCGUUGUCUUCUCCGUGGAGGAGGUGGUGGCGGCGUGCGGUAGCCUCCGGAGAAUAGCCGAGCGGGUGCAGGACACCGAGGAGACGGGACGGUGCUUCCACGACGUCAUCAUCCCGCGCCUGCUGUCUCUGGCACUCCAGGCUGCACUGCAGGGCGGGGGGGGAUCGCCCGGUCGGCGUAGUCCUCUCCUGGAGGAGGUGGUCCUGGCCGCCAUGGUCCCCGUCAUCAGCACUUCCUGCUCCAGGCUGCAGCCCACGCUGGCGGGACAGACGGCAGCGAGGGCCGUGUCGCUCUUCCUGGACGGCGACGUCUCCUUUUUACCCGACAACUCGUUCCCUUCCAACCUGCAGCUGCUCAAGACGCAGCAGGGGGACUCGUGGAGCCAGUCUCAGAUGGUCUGCCUGCUCUUAGGAUGUGUGUGUUCGCUGCCUCGCACCGUGGAGGCGCCUCGGUUGGACGAGCUGAUGACCGAGCUGGAGGAGAUGAGCUGCGCCUGCAGCCACCCGCUGUCCUACACCUCGGCUGCAAAGUGCUUCGCUGGCCUGGCGAACAAGAGAGCAGCUGGCGAGUCUCUCGACGGCCUAAUUCAGAGGACCAUGAAGAGGGUGUGUAGUGAGCUGGACUGCCCGUCUUCCCCCGCGCGCACUCAGGCCUUCACCCUCAUGAUCUGGGUGGCCAAGGCUCUGCUCCUCCGAUACCACCCUCUGUACGCCACGCUGACCGACAAGCUCUUCUCGCUGCUCGACGACGCUGAUCUGGGUCCGGCGGCAGCAGACGCCUUCCUGCUGCUGAUGAGCGACACCGCCGACAUCCUCAACCGCGGUUGCCACGCCGAUGUUCGCAUCAUGUACCGCCAGCGCUUCUUCAGCGAGAACUCCGCCAAGUUGGUGCAGGGCUUCAACGCUGCGCCGCAAGAAAAGAAGCCCAACUACCUGAAGGCCCUGUCCAACAUUGUCAACAAACUGCCCAAGCAGGUUCAACUCACCGAGCUGCCGGCGCUGCUGUCUCUUCUGCUGGAGGCCUUGUUGUGUCCUGACCACGCCGUCCAGCUGUCCACCCUGUCCUGCCUGGAGCCCGUCCUGAUGGAGCCCCCCCCGGCCCUCAUCCAGCAGCUGGAGGCUCUGGUCGGCAGGCUGCUGGCCCUCACCGCCAGUGCCGUCAUGAGCGUGCGGAUCGCCUCGUUGCGUUGCAUCCAUUCCAUUUCCUGCUUCCCCGCGCACGAGGUGUUGCCUUUUCGGGCCCGAGUGCUGCGCGCUCUGUCCCGGCCUCUGGACGACCACAAGAGGCUGGUGAGGAGGGAGGCGGUUCGGGCGCGAGCCGAGUGGUUCCUGUUAGGAAGUCCUGGAGGAAGUUGAGGUUGGUCCUCGAGCACAAGCCAAGUCUCCCAUCCUCCCUCAACCUGGAAGAAUACAGAUGUGAGGGAAGUCAAACCCCUGGACCAGGUAGCGAGGAUCAAAGCUGCGCGAUCCACACAUCCUCCCCUCCCCAAACACACUCCCCUAACUCUGGAUCUAUCAACGAACCCUUCAUCGUCUCUUCAUCUUCUGUUUUUCUUCUGUCUAUAUGAACGCACAAAUGAGUCUUUGGACCGACUGCGAGUAUUGAAAAGAAUGUUUAAGAAGUUACACCUCCUGUUCGUUGUCGUCCGCAUCAGAAUGUGACUUUAAGUGCAUUUUAAAAGGUGGUAGCUUUCCUACUCUGUCAGAUCAGCAGCUAAAACACGGUCAUCCGCUGCUCGCCGUCAACAACCAGAAAAUGUAUAAUUCACUUUUUGCACGAUUUUUUAAAAUCUUCCCAAACUUGGACGGCUCCAAUAAGAGAGCUCAGCGCUAUAAUUUGAAGGUGUGAACUCCGAGGAAAAGGGCAAACAGCGUACACACAUUGGAUGGUGAUGUCACGGACUGUGGGGGCAACGUUUUCUUACUUUUAUUUCUUUUGAACUAUUUCGGUGGAACCAUCAAAGUUCCUCCACACAGUGCAUAUACAGAUGUGGACUUUAGUGGCAGUGAAGCCGGCGUUUAAUGUUCUCAUCCAGAUGAAUGUGUAGUUGAAGUAAUGUCUAAUAAUAACAGCUGGGGGUGUUACAUUCAUUUCACUGUGGUUUGCCACUUUGUUGAGAUCUGGGAAAAUGUGCCAAUUGCCUGCUGGCUCACAGCGUGGCCUGAGUCACUGAAUCACACCUCCACUGGGAUCAUUUUAAGAUGGAUUUUACAGGUCAAUGUAGGGAAAGGUUAGAAGUGAGGUAGGCUGACUUUGGACCUCAACUUAUGCCAAGGAAAUAUAGUAUUUAAAAUGUCAUUAAAACCUUUCUUUGUAAUUAUUCAAAA